AGGCAAAGUUGAAUGUAGAGUGUAGUUUUGCUUCGGUCGUGUCUAUGUAUUGCGUACGAUUCGCGAACGAAAUCUAGUCGCGAACGUAUGUUGUAGGCGUAGUUGCUUUUUUAUUUUUUACUUGUGCUCUCGUUCCACUUUUCGAAUCGAUUCUUAAUAUUUAUUUCUAGAAAAUCUGUGCUUUAUUUUUCGUGCUUUUUACUUCGAAGUGAAAAGAAAUAAUUGCGAAAGUGCGGUGGUUUUCGUGAAUUAUGAUGUCAUUAAAUCCUUGAAAAUAUGAGUGUUAGUGUCGACGACGUAUCCAGCCCUUUAUCGGAAGGGCAGAGCACCGUUUGCGACGAGCCAACAUCAUCAUCGGAUAACCAAGGCGAGAAGAACGAUGGCAUUGAGGCAGGUCAGGAAAAAUCGGAGCCUACGAGUCCCAAACCACAUCCGAUGGCCUUUACAGUUGAUUUUGGGGAGAGUAAAAAAUUUGACAAUCGAAGGCUGGAAGAGUUAGCCAAGAAGUCUCAGGCACGUCAUCAGAGAGUGCAAUCUAUGUCUGCAGGCUCAACCAGACAAAGCCCGACCAUUCAGCGACCUCCUAUGAGUGUAAAACUACCUAGGAAAGCUCAAGGUUACAAUUCCGAAGGCUACUUUUCCUCCGACCAAGAAGACAGUGGUGUUUCCAACUCUAUCAAACUCAAAAGUAGUCCUCUUGCACAAAAUGUUGAUAAAACUUUUGUAACUAGUCCUAUAACAAAUAGGCAUGUGAAAUCACCAACAACUGACUCAUCACAACCAAAGAAACAAUCAAAAAGUCCGAUAGUUGAUAGCAUUAUGUCUAGAAGUGAGAAUUUCAGUUCUCGUCAAACUUUGAUCCUGCCAUUGUCUGCUAGUAACUCAAACACAACAGUCAUACAUGAAACACCAAGUUACGGCAACCUCAGCUACCAGAAGCAUGUCAUGACUAACAUUAUAGACCAAAGUCCUGAAGGUGUGAUGUUAACUGAUAUCUCUAGUCCUGAAUUAGAUAUCCUUACACCAGACAAUGGUUUAUCCACUCCGGAACCUUCUAAGAGUCCUUCAAUUCAUAAAGGGAGAGCUAUGUCUGAAACUCCUGACUUACUAUUUAAUAAGUGCCCUCCAAAACCCCAUCCAUUGUUUAUUGACGAUGAUAUUGAUAGACAAUCUAAUAAUUCAUCAACUGGAACAUAUACCAUCGAAGGGGACAAUUACACAGAAGAGCAAAAAGCUAGAAUGAGUAUAGACAGAUCUUUCGGUGCUGACUUACUCAAAGAAGCCAUAGACAACUCAAUUAAUAAACGUAACAUAGAAAGAGAUCCAGAGAUUGUCUUUGAUUUCCCUAAUCCACAAAGGGUAAUAACAAAAGAACCACGAAGAGAAGUCGAUCUACGUUCCUCUGUCACUCACACUGCCUUCGAAAUCCCUAACAAAGUGUCCAAAGACAAAAACGUACUAGAAAUAUCAUGUUGUUACGAAUCUCCUAACGAAAAUGACUUAGCCGUACAAACAUCAAAACAAAUUAAAUCAACAAGGAGUUAUUUAGAGAAAAUCAAAAAUAGAGUUAGAACAAUCACUGAAAAAACUUUCCCAAAACCGAAAGUAAUCGAAGAUCAGGACAUCGGUAGCUUCACUUCUGUCACAACUUCAGGUGUACUAAGUAUGAAAAACUCAAUUCAAAUUGAUACACCUGUACGGAGACGUUGUAGCUUAACAAAAUCUGAAAUAGACAAGACUGAUUAUAUACAUAGAUUGUCUAGAGAAUCGUCCGUCCCCGUAUCGUUGCCUAGCAGUAAAGUAUUGCCUUUCGAAGAUGGUACAUUUGAGAGUAGUGCUCUUAAAAACGCACAGAAAGCGUUGAGAGAUGAUAGUGGGAUAUCAUCUGAUAUAACUCCGGACCAGAUGGUCGGAAGGUUGUCGUAUAUGAGUCUGAACAGAUGUAAAGGUGAUAAAACUUGGAUACAAGAUUGGGCGGAGAGUGUUAAGAAUUAUAAUAACAAUGCAUUGGCUAAGGAUGCAGAUUUGAUCAUUUCAUAUCCUGACGGUGCGCCUCUUAGUCCGCGUUGCUUGCCUGGGAAACCUCGCAGCCCUCACGGCAGUACGCCAACCAAGAUUCCCAGUCCUGUGGGCACUCUACUACACAGGAGAACACCCGAUCUCAGGGCAGCGGAAUUACGAGGCAUUUUUACAAUGUUUGUACCGCUUGAGUUUUGAAGAUAUUUAAAUGAAGAUUUUUUUU